AUGCGGUGGUCUUUUAUAUUCGUCUUAAUAGUGUCCCUGUUUCUACUAGGGACAUUGGCAGCGCCAGCUUCGCCCGCGGGACGACGCAAUGUUGCAUUCGCCAACUUGGAGGUCAGACAGGAAAAGGAAACGGAUUCUACAAAGACAGAUGCUGCCAGUGAGACUACGACGGCAACACAAACAGAUACAUCAAAAACAACAACCGAGGCAUCAACAUCUGUCGAAACUACAACGACAGGCGCUACUACCUCGAGUACUGACUCGACUACUACAACGCAUGCGACAACGCAUGCCACAACAACGACUUCUGCCGCUUCUGCUACCUCCACUGUACCUUCGCUCGACGGAGCAACUGAAUCUUCUCAACAGGAAGCAGCAGACUCCAGUAGGCCGACCUACUCCGGUGGUCUGCCAAUCAAACCAGUGAUCACGCCGGCAUGGGGUGUUGGGGGAGUUAUACUUAUUGCCCUCGGGGCUGUUCUGGCUUUCAUUGGUGUCCGGCAACAAUGGGUCCAAAUCUUCCUCUCAACCGGAUUUCUUAGCGCAUUGGGAGUUACCGUCCUUAUUAUCUAUGUGAUGAGCCCACCGGUCAGCAAUGCUGUACAGGGCGGUUACCUCGUCGCUGUCUUCUUCACCGGCGUUGUGUUCGGUGCUUUAUCGCUCGUCUUCAGAGAGAUAUGCGAGGGACUGGGCUGUCUUCUGGGCGGUUUCUGCCUGAGCAUGUGGUUCCUUGCCUUGAAAUCCGGCGGCCUUGUAACCGAAAGUGGCUCCAGGGUCGGUAUGAUCAUUGCCUUUACUGUAGGUUUCUACUGCCUGUCAUUCAGCCAUUAUACCCGAUCAUACGGGUUGAUCGGUUGCACAUCAUUCGCCGGUGCAACUGCCUUAGUCCUUGGAAUCGAUUGCUUUAGCAGAGCUGGGUUGAAGGAGUUCUGGUUAUACAACUGGAACUUGAACCAAAAUGUCUUCCCUCUUAACACGGACACUUACCCCGUGACACGUGGUAUUCGUGUUGAGCUCGCCGUGACUAUCAUUAUCGCUGUUCUAGGAGUAAUCUCCCAGAUCAGACUUUGGAAUCUCAUCAAGGAGCGCAGAACCAAGGAAGAAGAAUCCCGCCUGGAACACACUCGAAAGAUCGAAGAAGAAGAUCUCGAAAUCGGUCGCCGACUCGAGGAGAAGAAUAUCCAAGAACGUGCUGAAUGGGAACUCAUUUACGGAACCGGCAAAGCCGCCGAUGGCAAAACCGCCUCGGUUUCGGAGACUGCUGUUGAUGACUCGCGACGGGGCUCGGAGGCGUUUGAGUCCUCUGACAACGACAGGGAGGGUGAGAUCGAGCUCAAGGAAAUCUCGAGCCCCGAUGCUUCCGGUAGUGGUUCUGAUGGAGAGAAGAACCGCCAGGGUGAAAACGGUACUCGCGAACUUGAGGCUGUGCCUGAGGAGGAUUCAUCCCAACAGGGUCAAUCACAAGAUGCAGAGGAAAAGGGCGUCGAGCAAGAGGGUCGAUCUGAAGAAAAGGUGCCGAGACCUACCACACCUGUUAUGACUCAUAUCCUUGGUGAGGGCAAUGAUGAGUCCUCUGAGAUCGGUGCUGAGAUCGGCUCAGAGGUCGGCACGCCGCGCUCGAAACGGUUCUCCGGCAGAGAAAUGUUGAACCGGAUGUCUUGGCGGCUCAGCAAUGGUGUUAUGACGACUUCACAGUCGCAGGAGAAUCUGGUGGCUCAUGAUGAUGCCAGCUCUUCUGUCCUGGGGGUUGUGGAUGAUCUCCAUGAGAUGAGCGUCGGCUGUCCGAGUGUUCUAUCGGAUGCGGAUGUUCACGAGCAAACGCGCGAAAUUAGAGCCGAGUUAUCUCCAGAGAAGGACUCGGCAGGUGUGGACAUCAAGUCAAAAUCCGGCUCACAAGCCAUCCAAGAUGCUGGACUCCAUGUCGAUACAGCCAUAUCCCAGGAUGCCGAGAAAGUGACCACCGAAGAAGUCGAUACUAGCGACACUGUUCAGCAGGUGUCUCCCGUCGAGAGCACUGUUAUUGCCAACAGUCCCCUUGAGAAUUCUGGAAUUUCCGAAGUGUCGGAGAAGCCACAAUCGCCAGAAACCCCCGCAACAGAUGUUCAAGCAGACAUUCCAGAUGCCUCAAAGAAGAUCGGGGAAGUCAAGCCCAAACCUACAUUGGAGCAGUCACCUAUGAAUGAUGCAGAAGUGGAAAAUGUGGAGGCCAAUGAAGAUCAACCUCCUACUGCUAAAACCAUCAAGGCCGAGUCUAUUCCUGAGUCGAAGGCUGCAUCUUUGCCCGAGCCCAAGGUUGAGCCAAAGAUCAAAGUAAUCAAAAAACUAGAUGCGUCAAGCAUCAAGCACAUCCCCGAGCAAACAUCACGAGUGAUCCAUUCGUACCGGACGAACGAAUGGGCCAAGCAUCUCGCAGAUGCGGACACCCCUGAGAUGGAGCCGCUUGAGUUCGAACCUGAACCCGAGGCAGAAGCCUCAGAGGAAGUUCGCGAGACUGCAGCAUUUGUCGAUGUAGGCGGUCUUCUCCAGACGCCUCUUACUGCACAACCACCACCAAUCGUGAACAGACCUGAAUUUGAUGAUAUGGACAAUCAACAACCAUACAUCUCAUCGACACCCUCACCAGAUAUUCCCCGAUCAAAGACACGGACAGGCACGCAAGGUCUCAGCAAAGCGAAUCCAAGUCUAACCCGGAACGAUUCGACAGCUUCGGUCAAUAUGCUACCAUCAGCUUUUAAUCCUUUCAUAACCCAAGAACCGGGAUUGACGUCGAUGCGCUGCGCAUCGACUCCCCUGUUGACAGUCACUACUCCCAACGAGCCCAAAGAAGCAGAGCCAUCAUCACGCUGGAACGGGCCACCUCCCCUUCUCGCAAUCCGCGAGAACAUGGUCCGAAACCGCAUGUCCUCAACAUCCAACCGCUUCGAUCCCUGGGCCGCACGCAACUUAUCCCGACAGUCUCUACCUGAUAUGGCACCCCUCGUCUCCCCAGUAGCACCAGUAUCACCGCCGCUCUCCAUCCCGGAAGAAAAGGAGAUAGAACCCGAACCCAACGAGGAUGACAUCCCACUUUCCAAACGGCGCGCCCUGCUACAGCGCCAGACAAUGCGGUCUUCAUCUGCAUUAAGCAUUGAGAAUCUCCAGGCUGCCCAGUCCCCUAUGUAUCCCCCGGCAGAACCCGCCGGCGAGCUGAAGCGGUCUGCUUCAAGAAUGGCAGCGUGGCGACAAUCGGUCCGCGAGGAAAUCACCCAAAAGCGAAAUCCUUUGGCCAUGCAGUCCCCGCCCCUCAGCCCAGCUGGUCCCCCCGACCAACGGCGCACAUGGAGCUCUGUGCAGCAGAUGCGCGAGGCUUCGUCUGCUCAGCUGGGCAAUGCCAUCGCAGACGGCAUGCAGCGUGGCAACAUGACGGAUCUGCACCGACAGGCAAUGCGACAAGCAUACUGUUACCCACGUGGCCAACAAUUCAUAAACCGGCCUCCAACCAAUCGCGCCUCCGUGGAGUCAACUCCGUCAUUCGUUCGCGCCCAGCGGCGACAGUGCGUUCCGAUCUCAGGCCCGCCGUCGCUCCUCCGCCCACCAGCAGUCCGACUCGCAAACCCAGUCAACCACGUCCCACGAAUAACCCCCAUAACCGUCCGCCCCCAACAAUCCGACGAGAGUCUCCCACUCAGCUUCGACCACUCACGCGACGUCCACCCCCUCCUCAGCGUCCCAGAGCGACGCCGCUCCCGCCUAAGCCCAUCCCCGAACAGCCUACUCGUCGAGCGCAGCCAGGGGGAAACAGAAAGUGGCCGGACGAGCAUUGCCCUGCCCCGACGACACCGUCGCAGCGAAGAGUUCACAGAAAUGACGGCCGCGUUCGCGGGCAGCGCAGCGCGCGAAACAGAGAACCUGCGCCCUCCCGAAGCUGUCCACCUCACACAGAGCGGCACCCGACAGAACGACCGUUUCCGCUACACCCAGUCACAAACUUCCUUCCACUCCCAGUCCCAGUCCCAGUCCCAGAUCGCUUCCGUCCCGUCGCAUACUGGGUACCCGCAUGCCGAUGUCGCUGAGGAGCUCGCCUGGGGCCCUGCUCACCCCUGUUUUCCGCAUAUUAAUCCCCAUGUGCCUCUCGGGUCGCGGGAGUACCUCACAACGCGCGUGAUUCGCAUCCGGCGAGAUUGGAUGAUCAAGGGUGAUUUGGCGCCGACAUUUUCGAAUUUGUAUCCCGAGAUCCUUGAUCCGUUGUUGUCGGAGCAGGAGUUUCGCCGGGUUAUCUCUACCGUCAAUGAUGGUGUUAUCAAGGCGUUUGAUCCGUUCAGUUUUCGGAAUUGGUUCGAUAGCACGAUGGGUUUGUUGACGGGCUGGGUAUGGGAUGAUAUCAAUGCCCCCGCGACCAAAAGCCAGUUGCAGCGUGUCGAGGCUUGGUUGGAGAAUUGGAACCGCGAGGUCGGUGCCAAAGAUGGUGUUCAUAUCUGGAGCUUGAGGCGGACGGCCUAUAUGUCGCUUGAUAUCCAGAUUCCCGAUCCCAAGGUUGGCAUUGUACCCAGUGAAGCCCCUUCAGCUGCUAAUACCAGGCCGAGUACUGGUAUUGGGGCUGGCUCUUGA